GUCCUGGCAAGUUGCACAUUCCAAUCGAGGGGGAAGAGAAAGUAGGCGAGUGUGAGAGAUUGGCUGGGGAGCGGAGGAUUCAUCCCACUGGGGGAUUAGGUGAAGCAGAGUGACAGAGCAGGUCCUUACAGUUGGAGUCUUUCCAUGGACUGAAUGGCCGGGAGCUCAGAGUGACUCUCAGCAGCUACAGCGGGGAGCCUGGCCCUCUGCAACUUCCCUUUUCCGCUAUCUCAAUCUGAAUCGUGAGCAAGGAGCAACCCUGGACAUUCACACAGCUGCUAACGGACACCUUCACACACAGAUAUACAUUCAGUACACACUGACGCUAUGGGGACAGUGAGUGAACUUUGCGUGUCCAGUCUUCAGACGUUCUUGUGUCCAGCUGUGAAGCCGACACAACAAGCUCCAGUGCCGGACGACCUCACCCCAGAGGAGCAGCAGGAGCUGGAGAAUAUCCGUAGGCGCAAGCAGGAGCUGCUGGAGGACAUUCAGCGGCUGAAGGAUGAGAUAGCAGAAGUGACAAGUGAGAUCGAGAACCUGGGUUCCACUGAGGAGAGGAAAAAUAUGCAGAGGAAUAAACAGGUGGCCAUGGGCCGAAAGAAAUUUAACAUGGACCCCAAAAAAGGGAUCCAGUUCCUUAUUGAGAAUGACUUGCUGAAGAAUACCAGCGACGACAUUGCUCAAUUCCUCUACAAGGGCGAGGGCCUCAACAAAACAGCCAUUGGAGAUUACCUCGGAGAGAGAGAUGAUUUCAAUAUCAAAGUCCUCCAUGCCUUUGUGGAGCUUCAUGAGUUCACAGACCUCAACCUGGUUCAGGCCCUAAGACAGUUCUUGUGGAGUUUUCGGCUACCGGGAGAAGCUCAGAAGAUCGACCGCAUGAUGGAGGCCUUCGCUCAGCGCUACUGCCAAUGCAACCCUGGUGUUUUCCAGUCCACAGACACCUGUUACAUCCUGUCAUUUGCAAUCAUCAUGCUAAACACCAGCCUACACAACCCGAAUGUGAAGGACAAGCCUUCUGUGGAACGAUUCAUCUCCAUGAACAGAGGAAUCAACGAUGGAGGAGACUUACCUGAAGACCUGCUCAGGAAUCUGUAUGAGAGCAUCAAGAAUGAGCCUUUCAAAAUCCCAGAGGAUGACGGCAACGACCUCACACACACUUUCUUCAACCCGGACAGAGAGGGCUGGCUGCUAAAACUGGGGGGACGAGUUAAAACCUGGAAGAGGAGGUGGUUCAUCCUCACAGACAACUGUCUGUACUACUUUGAGUACACCACAGACAAAGAGCCCAGAGGAAUCAUCCCACUGGAGAACCUGAGCAUCAAGGAGGUAGAGGAUAAGAAGCCUAACUGCUUUGAGCUUUUUAUUCCUGACAACAAAGACCAGGUGAUAAAAGCGUGCAAGACCGAGGCUGACGGACGCGUUGUGGAGGGCAACCACACCUUCUACCGUAUCUCUGCCCCCACUGCUGAGGAAAAAGAUGAAUGGAUGAACAGUAUCAAAGCUGCCAUCAGCAGAGACCCCUUUUACGAGAUGCUGGCAGCCAGGAAGAAGAAGGUGUCGUCCAUGAAGAGGCACUAGAGCUGCUCAGCGCUCCCGACGUUGCACUUGACAGAGCAGGGGGUCCAGGUUAUCUGCUUGCCCUGUCUGGGCCGGUGCAGAGGCCACUGUUGAGGUCUGCCUCAGAUCUCUCCAGGGGAUUUCUCUAGGAUACAUACUAGGUCUGGCUUUGGGACUCUACAGGCCAGAAAAACAGGAAGCAUGCUGGGGUCUCUUGAUAACAGUCAGGGCCAAAGCCUCCUCUAACCUCCUGUCUGAAUGUCUCUCUUUCUCUCUCAGCUUUGUGUGUGCUCUGUGUCUAUGAGGCAGAAAGGGAAUCUUGCUGUGUAACUCGGCAAAUCCCCUUUGAAGAUGCUUUAAAAAAAAAAAACCCACACAAUUCCUAUAUACAUUGCACACAUAGACAACAUGCAUACACACAUUGUUUAAACUCAGCAGGUCUGACCGAGUGUGGCAUCCCAACCAAAAUAUUCCUCGCUUUCUGAAAGAGAAGUAAAGACCUUAUCUGAUGUGCUUUAAUAUGUUAGGGUAAUACGUGUCUAUUUUUACAGCUUUUACUGUUGUUAAUAUGUUUGUUUGCUUUUGUAUAAAAAAUAAGGUUUUGCAACAGAAACUGCGGGGGUGUGGGGGAGGGAGUU